UACUAUUUUGUAUAUCCGCGCCUUGAGAGCAGAGCGCCUCUGCGCUCCACGGACUGUCACACCUGCACCUAAAUCCCCGAAUAUCCCUAUUUUCCGCGACGGACACGCAACAGAACAAAACAGUUGAUAAAUUGUUAUUACAUUAUUAUCGAGAAAUACGAUCAACUUUGUAAAUACUUCUCUGACUCAUACCUGCUAGAAUGCAUUUUGAAUAUAACGUAAACCUGUAGUGAUUAUAAAGUAAUUAUUCUAAUGAAAUACUUUUUUUAUAUAAAUCAAACAAAAUGAAUCAAACUCCAAUAAUGGUUUUGCAAGAGGCUUCUGUGAAACUUGGUACUUUACCUGUUUAUACAGAAAUAUUAUCAGUAAGUAGUACGCAUCAAAAGAAAUUUGUUAUCAGGGUUUCAUGGAGAAAUUAUACUGCUGAAGGAACAGCAUAUAAUAAAAAAGAAGCCAAGCAAAAUGCUGCUACAAAAAUGUUAUCAUUAUUAUUAUCAGAAAAAAAAAUUCCAGAAACACUAUUGUUAUCAGUUGUAAAACCUACAGGAAGUAUUACAUUACCAAAUAAAUCAAAUACUUCUACAACAACAGAUUACUUAUGUUCUUCAGUCGCUAAUAAUUCCAAUGUUUCUGAUUCAGACAUAAAAGAAGAAUUUAUGAAUUAUGUAGGUCUUUUGAACGAACAUUGUCAGCAAAACAACUUUUCUGAUCCAGUUUAUGAAAAUAUUGCCACAGCUGGACCUUCUCAUAUUCCAGUGUUCACAAUAAGUUGUACUGUAGGUUCUGUAUGUCAAGAAGGAUGUGCAAGGACAAAAAAACUUGCUAAACACAAAGCAGCUAAACAAGUUUUAGAAAAUUUACAAAGUCACCUGCCUCCAGUUAUUAAACAUAAUACAAAAACAUCAGACACAGUAAAUGAUCUAAAUGUACAAUUUAUGGAACUCUCAACAGAUCAGCCUAAGUAUGAAAAAUUUAACAAAGAAAAAGUAUUAGAAGCAUAUGGUCGAACAAGACAAAUACCUGUUCUAUUCAAACCUCAUAUCAAAGUUGAGGAUUAUGUUAAAGUAUUGAGUAAUUUAUGCCACAGCUUCGACGUAACGAAUAAAAAUUGUUUGAAGAAUGUGUGUAACACGCAUAGUUUGCAAGACGUUAACACUCUAAAAGCUAUUAUACACAAGGCAUUUGAAACAAAUGUAGAAGAAGUUAACUUUAAAACAGUUAAUGGUAAAUCUGCAAUUGGAUUUAAAUUGAAUACUAAUCCCAUAAUAUUUCAAAUUGGCAUAGGUGUAACCAGAGAACAAGCAAGAAAAGAUGCCUUGUGUAAAUUGCUUGAAUUUGGUGUACUAUUUACAAAAUAAUUUCGAACAAGUUGAAUAUGAUAGUUUUAUACGUAUGUUUCAUAAAUAAAUUAUGUUAUAGAAUUA